AUGGCUGCACAUAUUUACAUCAGCUUGCAGGGUACAUCAUUCCGUCUCAUUAUAAGUACAGCUACGCUAACGUACUUAGGAACUGUCUAUCGCUGUGCCAAACGUAGCGUCGAAGAUGACAAGAUGCUGGAGCGAUAUUCAAACGCCCUCCAAGGCACAGUGGCAGAAUCCACGUUGGACACAAUAUACUCGUUAUUUGCUGGGGAAUGGCGUCAGCAAGAGGAUAUUGUCGACCCAUUUCUUGAUACACGAGGUAAACUGAUCAAUACCGUAUGGAUUUUUGAUCUCGAUAACGAUCUCCUCCGGCUUCAUAAAACAGACCACUACACUUCAGUAUCUCUCAGCCUUCUCCGUCAGCGUCCUAUUUCCGUCAGUGAUUUCGAGCCUUACAAGCCACCAACUUCUAUCCAAGCCUUUCGACCCCCUCGAGCCUCGCAAUGCAUAAUGCGGCGUAAUGGGAUCUGCAAAGAUCGCUUAGAGCGACAUAAGGCUCUGGUUCAGAAGAUGUUGACAGACUUUGCAUACCAAUGGAGACACGUUCUUUCUGGCCGAUUCAACCACUCAACGUUCAGAAGGCUCGCUUAUGCUAUCAUCAAGAUUGUGACGCUAGAUUUUGAAGUGAAGGAGAUUACGACACAACGCCAAGGAACCGGCGGCUUCUUGGUCUGGUUAAAUAAUCUUCCCGAGUGGGAGCCAUUUAGUGGACAUAUUGUACGAGUAGGCGGGGCAUCUGUUGUUUCAUCACAGCACCCUUGCCAUGCAGUUCAUCUCAUCCGAGAAGACUUCCAACAAUACUGUGUUUCAAAAGCAGAACAUGGCAUGUCUGUGGUCGGGGAUCGGACUUACCUGGUAUUGUCUGUAAGAGAAGUCAGCAUGUAUCGGAUUAAUUCCGAGAAUGAAAGGUGUACGAAGGCCGAGCGUUUGUUUGACGGCACCCUCCCUCCUUCGGAUGCAGCCAUCGAUCAGCUUCUGCAAGCCACGCUUAGUGUCAGCCCUGUGACAACACUUCGAGGACUUCCCACCGAGUUACAGGAGAAAAUCGUGGAUAAUCUGGCAGCAGGCCCAGUCGAAAGAGCGAGAGUUCACCCUUUACCUGGUGGAGUGGUGGUCGAAGUAUAG